CGCCCGCGCCUCUCGCCACCGCCAAUCCCCCGACCAAUCCCAAUCCCAAUCCCCAUCCCCACACCACAAGCACCACCACCACCACCAAACCACCCGGGCCCCCAAGCCCAAGCCCAAGCCCCAGCCACCGCCGCCGCAGCAGCCGCGAUCUCAGCCUCCGCCGCCGCCGCGGCACCAGCCCCAGCAGGCGCCCCAGCAGGCGGCGGCGGAGGAUGGGGUGGGGCGGGUGCUGGGGCGGCCCAUGGAGGACGUCCGUGCGACCUACACCUUCGGGCGGGAGCUGGGGCGGGGGCAGUUCGGGGUGACCUACCUCGCCACCCACAAGCCCACCGGCCGACGCUACGCCUGCAAGUCCAUCGCCGCCCGCAAGCUCGCCCGCCCCGACGACCUCGACGACGUCCGCCGCGAGGUCCACAUCAUGCACCACCUCACCGGCCACCGCAACAUCGUCGAGCUGCGCGGCGCCUACGAGGACCGCCACUCCGUCAACCUCGUCAUGGAGCUCUGCGAGGGCGGCGAGCUCUUCGACCGCAUCAUCGCCAGGGGCCACUACUCCGAGCGCGCCGCCGCCGCCCUCUGCAGGGAGAUCGUCUCCGUCGUCCACAGCUGCCACUCCAUGGGGGUCAUGCACAGGGACCUCAAGCCCGAGAACUUCCUCUUCCUCAACAAGCGCGAGGACUCCCCGCUCAAAGCCACCGAUUUUGGCCUCUCCGUCUUCUUCAAGCCCGGUGAGCAGUUCAGAGAUCUUGUUGGAAGUGCAUAUUAUGUGGCUCCUGAGGUCCUAAAACGACUAUAUGGAGCUGAGGCAGACAUAUGGAGUGCUGGAGUUAUCCUUUACAUCCUUCUAUCAGGGGUUCCUCCAUUCUGGGCAGAAAACGAGGACGGUAUAUUUGAUGCUGUUCUGCAAGGUCAUAUCGACUUCUCAUCUGAACCAUGGCCUUCUAUAUCUAGUGGUGCAAAAGACUUGGUCAAGCGGAUGCUUCGGCAGGACCCAAAGGAGCGGUUAACUGCUGCUGAAAUUUUGAACCACCCAUGGAUUAGAGAGGAUGGAGAGGCCCCAGAUAAACCACUUGAUAUUACAGUGAUCAGUAGAAUGAAGCAGUUCAGAGCAAUGAACAAACUUAAGAAGGUUGCCUUGAAGGUCGUUGCAGAGAACUUGUCAGAGGAAGAGAUUGUGGGUUUAAAGGAAAUGUUCAAAUCUUUAGAUACUGAUAACAGUGGGACGAUAACUCUUGAAGAACUAAGAGCUGGUCUACCAAAGCUUGGCACUAAAAUUUCGGAAUCAGAAUUAAGGCAGUUGAUGGAAGCGGCUGAUGUUGAUGGAAAUGGGUCCAUUGAUUAUGUUGAAUUUAUAUCAGCAACGAUGCACAUGAAUAGAUUAGAGAAGGAAGAUCACAUAUAUAAAGCAUUUGAAUAUUUUGACAAGGACCACAGCGGGUUCAUAACAGUCGAUGAAUUGGAAGAAGCUCUGACAAAGUACGACAUGGGUGAUGAAGCGACAAUUAAAGAAAUAAUUGCUGAAGUGGAUACAGACCAUGAUGGAAGAAUUAACUACCAGGAGUUUGUUGCCAUGAUGAAGAACAACAGCCCUGAGAUUGUUCCAAAUCGACGGCGGAUGUUUUAAGCCUUUCCUACAGUUAUUGUGAAGUUUUUUUCCUUUCACAAAUUCUAUAUGGUUCCAUCUUAGGGAAGUGAGCAUUAUCUUUGUAAAUGUUACAAGAGCAGUUCGUAUCGGCGGAAUUCAAUGAAGUAUAUGCAAGGCAUAUUGGACUCGUUAUGUAUCAUGGUGGAUAGCUCUCUGAAGUGGGUGUGGUGCGUUUGUGUAUGUAUGCUUGUGCUUUCUGGCCAUAUGUUUUCUGUCUCUUGAUAAAAAGAGCUCUGUAAAACAGUUUCUACUGAUCAUAUCAGGCAAGGCAAGAUAACGCUUUUCUGGUGAAGCUGAAUUUAACUGA